AUGCCGAAAAACAUCUUAGCGGAGAUGGGCUCCCAAGUGGGCCUAACGCCCGCCAGACAAAACAAAAAGGAAGCAGAAGAAUGGGCGCGUCGUCAGAGUGGGCCCAUGGUCAACCCUUCCUUCGAACCCGAUGACUUCGUCCCGCAAAGCCUGUCACCGGUCAAAGAUGAGAAGAAGAAGCCGGGAGCGGACAAGGGGAUAUUCCUUGUUAACAUGAAAGAAAAAAACUUGCAAGAAGUGGAGGAAUACGAGCCUUACGACAACAGAGUGGUAGAGCACCCCACCACGAACACAGAGACACUACUACACUUGCUUAAGGGCAGCUUGGGGACAGGCAUCCUGGCGAUGCCGCACGCGUUCUCUAAGUCGGGGUACGUGGUGGGCACCAUUGGUACCCUGGUGAUCGGAGUGCUGUGCACCUACUGCAUCCAUGUGCUCAUCGACUCGUGCUACGUGCUGUGCAAGCGCCGGAAGGUGCCCUCGUUGACAUACACGGCGGCAGCUGAGGCUGCACUCUCCGAGGGCCCUGACUGGUGCAAAGCAUGCGCGCCCUAUGCUGCGCACGUGGUAAAUGCGUUUCUGCUCAUCUACCAAAUCGGCAGCUGCUGCGUGUACGUAGUUUUCGUGUCGGAGAAUAUACAAUUCGUACUGACGAAGCACUUCGAGCUGGAAGUGACUGUGACGGAGGUGAUGGUGUGGAUCCUGCUACCGCUGGUGCUUAUCAACUGGGUGCCCGACCUCAAGUAUCUCGCACCCUUCUCCGCCAUCGCUAACGCCGUCACAAUCGUCAGCUUCGCAAUCAUCCUCUACUACAUAUUUAGGGAAAUGCCGAACAUCGAGGGCAAAGUGCCGGCUGGAAAAAUUGCAGAAUUCCCACUAUUCUUCGGAACUGUAUUAUUUGCUUUGGAGGCAAUCGGUGUGAUAUUGCCACUUGAGAACGAAAUGAAAACCCCGAAAGCCUUCGUGGGCAAGUUCGGUGUGCUCAACCGUGCCAUGAUCAGUAUUAUCAUUCUGUACAUGGCCAUGGGGCUGUUCGGCUACCUGCAGUACGGUAACGAAGCCGCCGGCAGCAUAACACUUAACCUGCCUUCCGGAACGGAGACGCUGGCGAACGUGGUGCAGUGCCUGCUUGCGUUCGCGAUCUUCGUAUCACACGGCUUGGCGUGCUACGUAGCCAUCGACAUCUUGUGGAAUGAGUACAUCGGAGUCCGGCUGCUCAACAGUUCGCACCGAUUGCUGUGGGAGUACACACUGCGGACUGUCAUUGUGCUCCUCACAUUCGGCAUCGCAGCGGUAGUCCCGGAACUGGACCUGUUCAUUUCCCUGUUCGGAGCGCUUUGUCUCUCCGCACUGGGGCUGGCGUUCCCCGCCUUCAUCCAGAGCUGCACCUACUGGUACUAUGUGUCGCCCUCGGAACGCAUCCGGAUGAUCAUCAAGAACGCUAUAGUGGUGGUGUUCGGCGCGCUGGGCCUCGUGGUCGGUACAUGGACCUCGCUCGAAGGCAUCAUCACAAAGUUCUUCGGACAAGGAUAUGGACAUGGACCGACACUCAACACGACGGUUAACUUCAACGAAACUAGCCUGGUACCUUGA